AAACAACUCUUGUCGGUCACGGCCAGCCUCGACGACUACGCCCACUCGCCGAAGCGUGCACAACACGCUGUCGCCGAGGCGACCGGUUGCCCGUCUCCGGCGCUGGAGCUCGAACAAGCUCCUUCUUUGCUCAACUCCCUCCGACGCGCAUCGUUGGCGCUCAUGCGAAUCGGCCUGUCCGCCGGUCUCGCCGAGAAUCGCCACUUUGUCGACGUCGGCGUCCAGGCCUGCAAGACCUUUGACCCGCCCGACCGGCCUCGUCACCUCGGCCCCGUCUGGCGGAGGCACAACAGACGCUCGGCCUCCCUGACAACCGAGAUCGGCCAGUCCGGCCGUCCGCUGACGCCACACUUUGAAGAGGCAACCAUCCAUGACGACGACGACGACGACGACGAAGAUGACGACGACGAUGACGACGAAGAUGACGAUGAAGACGACGACGACGACGACGAAUGGGGGCCUCCGGAAUUCGACCCGAGCCUCGAGUCGCCCGGCCAAACCGGCUAUUCUGGACUGCGCACCACUCAACCGGAACUCGUACCAACCACGCGCCAUGGCAACCAGUGCUCUCCGGUGAGCAGUUACAUGGACGCCAUGUCGAGUCAGGCGUCCGGCUCCACGGCCAGCCUGAGUCCGGGACUUGAUAGCCCCAACCACGGAGAGGAGAGAGGUUUUUAUGAGGCGUCAUGCUUGAGUGAACCCGUCUCGCGUCAAUGCACUCGCAACGUCGACCUCGGCAAGACAUCGCCGUGCAGCGAAAAGUUGCGGCAACCGAAAAUGCGACCGCACGACAAUCGCUUCCGUCUGACUCGACGUCACCGUCACGAGACCCACCUGCUUUUGCCCAACAAUGCGAGCUGCGGCGAGGCUGAGUCGAUCGUGCAUGACUGGUCAGUGGAGCAGAACAGAGCAAUGAAGCCGAUGGCGAAGCAACUCGGCCGGACGGGCGACAGUGGGAAAUCGGGCAAUUCGGCCUGUUGA